CGUCACGUGACCUGUGGAAUGUUAACAAUGCAGCGGGUGUCCAACUUUGUGCUGCAUUUCUACUGCUCCUUCAGGAGUCAAGAGCCCGGAGUUGCUGUGUGGAGGAGAAAAUGGAGACUUCCUUCAUCUCAGAGUCUAUACUCCACCGUUUAUACUGAAGACUGAGAGCCCAAAAGCGGAAUUAGUUUGAAAACAAGGAAUGAAAACUUGCUACUAGGACGAAUUCAACUCCGCGAAGUUGAAAAACUGUCGCUCCUUUCCAUCACAUGGUGCAUCAUCAGGUGUCAGGCCACAGCUGGAUUUAAUUCUGUCAAACAGCAUAGAGCCAACUGUCAGGGAGGAAUCAGCGGGAUGACUGUGGCUCAAAUUGGCAGCAUCAUGGUUUGGCUUGGUGGUAUCCUCAUGACCAGCUGCAUUUCCUGGAAUAAGUUGGAACCUGAGCCUUGAAAGGCACACCAUGGAAUGUCUGUAGUAUCCCCACCUCUGCUCCGUCCAGUCGCACUGACGUCAACAAGAGUUGACAGAGAAACAUUGGAAAAAAAACAAACAAAGUUUAGGUCAAUCUGUGAAGUGUGAGGAGUUGGUGUAUGUGUGUGUAAGAGUGUGUGAUUCCUAUUUAGAGUAGGUGCCUGUCCCCGGGCACUCGGGCCAUGAGGCCAAAGACUUUCCCGGCCGCCCCGUAUGUGGGUAACACUCGACAGAGGCUCCAGGAGAUCAAGGAAGGCCUGAAGCAGCCGGCCAAGCUGGUGAGCCAGGCGUUGCAUGGAGGGAGCAGUUGCCGGACCGACGGGGGAGGCAGAGGGGCGGACUGCAAGAGCGGGAAAGAAACGACGAGCCGACAGCAACAGCUGCGACCGCCGCAGAAGUUCAACAACUACCAAAAUGCGUUACGGGAGAUCCGCAAGUCGCUCAUGCCGUUUGCCAACGAGUCCGGACCAUCCUCGGGGUCUGGACACCCGGCUGGAGCUGGAGAGGUUAACAGGCAGAUGCUGCAGGAGCUGGUCAAUGCUGGCUGUGACCAGGAGAUGGCAGUGCGGGCACUGAAGCAGACAGGAAGCAGAAACAUUGAAGCGGCCUUAGAAUACAUCAGUAAAAUGAGUUACCUAGAUCCACGCAAUGAGCAGAUCGUCCGAGUCAUCAAACAAACUUCUCCAGGAAAAGCUGGUAUGCCAAAUUCAAUGGACCACAGGCCUGCAAUGGAAGCCUCAGGUGAGUCUGGUGUGAUGCCUCCGUACCAUCAGAUGGGGGCCCCCAUGUACGAUGGUGCAGCGGGGUACGGUCCUGAGGGUGAGAUGUCCCGACCUUAUUUGGGCGGCCCACCCGUUAUGAACUACAUGAUGCAGCCUGCUGGUGGAGGCCAAGCUCCAGCCAUGGGAAACCCGAUGGGUCGACCUCCUGGUAUGGGCACCUAUCCACCUGUGAUGGCCACCCAGAGCAACGCAAACAACACGAUGUACCCUCCAGGGACCCAGCAGAAAGGCUACCCCGGGGGUAUGGAGCAGCACGGGCCCAUGUUGGGCUACAAUAUCUCUGGCCAGCCCCUACAACUACAGCCACAGCCACCAGGAGGCCCUGUCCCGGGUCCACACUACGACUACGGUCACUCUCGACCACACAUGAUGGAACCGGCCAGCUACGGUGUCAAGAGGACCCCCUCCUUUCAAAACAAGAUGGCACCACCGCCGAUGGUAGCCCCCGACAACUACGUCAACAUGCAGAGUAAAGGAGCCAUGGGGCAGCCGGGACCGGGUGCAGGCGGAGGAGGAUACCCUGCUAACUUGUACUUGCCUCCUCACUCCCACCCCCGACAGGCCAGCCCCACAUCCCACCAAGUCCACAUGAUGUCCCGUUCCCCAGGUGGGGUGGCGGCUAUCGGCCCUGACUUCUCGGACCUGCCGCAGAGCUUGAUGACGCCAUCCAGGGCCAGCCUCAACAUGGACCUGUAUGAGCACCACUGGGCGGGGCCCCCAGGCCCUGAAGGGGCCCCUCCGGCCAGGCAACCGCAGCCACAGGGUCCAUUCAGAGGGGAGGUGCGCGUUCCAAGCAGGACCAACUCCUUCAACAGUCGUUCUGCAGGACCCAACGGUGUCCGAAACGCAAUGGCCGCACCUCCUUCAGCCGGAAAACAAGAGUCUCAAAUGGGCCCCCCUAACACCAUCACCGCCGUGACAUCACCGCCCAUUCAACAGCCGGUCAAGAGUAUCCGCGUGAUGAGGCCGGAGCCCAAGACGGCUGUAGGACCGUGUCACCCAGGCUGGAUGACUGCUCAGACGCAGGAUGCAGCAGAGCCUCUGGGCUACAUGGCAGAGGAGACCUACCCUCUAGAGCCUGCUCAGGAGCCACGCUGCCCUCCACCACCGUACCCCAAAAACCUGCUAAUGGCUGGGGCAGGGGGAGAGCCGGGGGCUCUGGAAGUAGCCGGGGCCAUGUGUGGAGCUCAGGACAUCGGCAACCCUGCAGCUAGAUGCACACACCAAGGGAGCGGAAGCAGCGGCAAAGGAGAAGAGACCCAGCAGGUGAAAGAAAAGACAAAGAUGGGAAAGGCGGAGAAGACGGUGAAAGACAAGAAGCAGAUUCAGACGUCGCCCGUGCCGGUCAGGAGGAACGGACGGGACGAGGAGAAGAGGGAGUCUCGCAUAAAGAGCUACUCGCCCUUUGCCUUCAAGUUCUACAUGGAGCAGCACAUAGAGAAUGUGAUGAAGACGUACCAGCAGAAACUCAAUCGCAGGCUUCAGCUGGAGCAAGAGAUGUCCAAGGCCGGUCUGUCGGAGGCAGAGCAGGAGCAGAUGAGGAAGAUGCUGAACCAGAAAGAAUCAAACUACAACAGGCUGCGCCGAGCCAAAAUGGACAAGUCCAUGUUUGUCAAGAUCAAGACGCUGGGCAUCGGAGCCUUUGGUGAAGUGUGUCUCACACGCAAAGUGGACACCGGUGCACUUUAUGCCAUGAAGACACUUCGCAAGAAAGACGUUCUGAACCGGAACCAGGUGGCUCACGUGAAAGCGGAGCGUGACAUCUUGGCAGAGGCGGACAACGAGUGGGUGGUGCGUCUCUACUACUCCUUCCAGGACCGCGACAGCCUCUACUUCGUCAUGGACUACAUCCCGGGAGGAGACAUGAUGAGUCUACUCAUUAGGAUGGGCGUCUUCCCGGAACCUCUCGCUCGAUUCUAUGUAGCAGAGCUGACCUUGGCCAUCGAGAGCGUACACAAGAUGGGCUUCAUCCACCGAGACAUCAAACCUGACAACAUCCUCAUUGACCGGGAUGGACACAUCAAGCUGACGGAUUUCGGUCUGUGCACGGGAUUCCGUUGGACACACAACUCCAAAUACUACCAGAAAGGAAGUCACAUCAGACAGGACAGCAUGGAGCCCAGUGACUUCUGGGACGACGUGUCCAACUGUCGCUGUGGCGACCGGCUGAUGACACUGGAGCAGCGGGCGAACAGACAGCACCAGCGCUGCCUGGCUCACUCACUGGUGGGGACACCCAACUACAUUGCACCUGAGGUGCUGCUGCGCAAAGGUUACACGCAGCUGUGUGACUGGUGGAGUGUUGGAGUGAUCCUGUUUGAGAUGCUGGUCGGACAGCCACCCUUCCUGGCUCCUACACCCACGGAGACUCAGAUUAAAGUCAUUAACUGGGAGAGCACGCUGCAGGUGCCCGCGCAGGUUAAACUCAGUCCCGAGGCUGUAGACAUCAUCGGUCGCCUCUGCUGCUCCGCGGAGGAUCGGCUCGGUGCUAACGGUGCCGCUGAAAUCAAGGCCCACCCGUUCUUCAAUGAGAUGGACUUCUCCAGCAACCUUCGGCAGCAGCCGGCGCUGUACAGACCCAAGAUUGCUCAUCCAAUGGAUACGUCCAACUUCGACCCUGUAGAGGAGGAGGGUGGCCCAGGGGCGUGGAGCGACAGUGGUGACAGCACCAGAGCUCUGGACCUGCUCUGCUCCCCGCACGGGAAGCACCCGGAGCACGCCUUCUACGAGUUCACGUUUCGCAGGUUCUUUGACGACAACGGCUGCCCGUUCCGCUACCCCAAGCCGCUGGAGGCUGGAGAAAUGUCCCUCAGCUUCACAGGGGCAGGCUUCAUGGGUCCAGAUGAGGAGGAGGAAGACGAGGUAGAAGACAAUGCAGAGGAGGAUGACGAGGACGAUGGGGAGCAGGGAGAAGGGUGUGAGCCGGUGUACGUCUGA